CAGAAAUCAAGAAUGAGAAGGGGAAAUCUUGGAAAGGUCAACACUAACCUGGUUUUUGAAUUGCUUCCGUGAUGUAUGAACUGGUAUUUAUUUUGGGUUUUCUUUCGUUUUCGUGUCUUUCUGGGCAAUCAAAACCAGCAGAGCAAACGCAAUCAUUCCAAGACGGCGACAAAGGUGUAUUUAUCUUCGAUCAACUUUUUCCGCCAAAAGUUAUCAGUGCGUAUUUCGACCUUGUUACUGCUGGUAAAAUAUCUGGGAAAAUUUCUUCUUGGUUUUACACUUACAGUGAUUAUUACCAGAACUUUGGUACACUUAAUUCCUCGACUAACUCUCCAUGGAUUGCUCCUGUGAACCCAGAAUUUUUCACCAGUACAUCUUUGUGGAAUAUAACCCGAACUGUUGUCGAAAAGUUUUCUGGAGGAAAGAAGUAUUUUCCGUAUGAUGUGUGUUUCUCUAUGCAGCGCAGGCUGGAUUUUAUAACUGCUACAAGUAAAGGUAACAUUAAUAUUUAUUUUCGUAUUGUAUUGUGUUUUUAUUUCAAGACGAAUACUGCAGCAAGUCUAGCUAAGAUCAGGUUGUACUGAGUUGUGUUUGACGAGGCUACUCAGAGAUCAAGCUUCGUACAUGUUGACUGGACGUUUUAUUUACAAUUUGCGCUCAAAAGUUAACAGUUUGUUGUUUUACUUGUAAUUUAAGGUUAUUUAUUUCCCUUGGCUUAAGUAGGUGGUAACUGAAAAAAGAAACAGCUGUUGGAUGGGAAAAUACUUUUCAAAAAUAUUGGUUGUCCUGGAGUGCUUAUCGUCGAAUAAAUCUGAUUCCAAUAUCCAGAGAUAUUAGAGGGCUGAUAUUCUUUCUUUUAAUAUCUUCCAUUCAAAUGUCUGAUUUUUGCUGUAGUUUUUAAAACUAAUGAUUGUCCCUUUUGAUUUGAUCCUUCUGUAAAACAGGGCCCAUAGUCUUAUGUUACUUGCUUUAACCCAAAAAGUGAUCAGCAUUGAAUUUCUCCUUAUAAUGUUGAGAUCCAGGGGAUGGGUCUGAAGGGUCCAAAUCCCUCUUUCCCCUUCCCCCUUCCCUAAAUGCAACCUUUGGACAAGAAAAUUAAUAAUAUUUUAUUCUUACAAGAUAUGCACAAAUUUAUUUCUAUCAAUAAAUACUUGAGAAAAAACCUGAGAACCUGAGCAGAUGUGCUUUAGGUGCAUCAAGAAGGGGACUUUCAACUGUGUGCACGAGUUUGGACUCCCUCUAUCAAUAAUUAUGCCUAUAAAUUAUUACUCAUUAUAAUCCAUUUUUCUAGCCAACAACCAAGCUAAUAUGCUGUACAAUAUUUUCAUUUUUUGUUGUAGCUAAGAAAAUAUUGACUCAGGAUUUAAAUUCCUGUUUAUAUAGACCUCUUGUUAAGAACUGGAAAAACAUCAAAAAAUUGAGCAAGAACAGAUAAGAGAUAAAACAAUGAAAGCCUUUUCCUGCCCAGUGUAUGGCUUCAUUUGAUCCUGGAGAAAUUACUCACAUCCACUCCUCUCUUCUCCUCCACAGAGGCUCCUGCUGGGUACCCCCCAAAAAAUAGCAAGAGCGCAGGGAAUAAUGUAAUGGGAAGUGCUUCCUCUCUUACCCCUUCUCAUCGUCUCGUGCGCUUUCUUUUUUCCCUCUCCCUAGCCUCCUGCGACACAAAGAGGCUAAUCUGCCGUGGAGAGAGCAUUAACUGCUAUAAAUUAACAACAUAUUUUUUAUCAUUUACAGAAGCCAACAUCUAUAAGGAUGAUCUUGUUGUCAAGAUAUCUCUAAACAAGGAUUUCAGGAAAAAUGAUUAUGGAGAGACAGUAUUUUACAAAGAUGAUGGUGAAAUCCUUGCUGCGGUUUAUCCAAGAAUGGGACGCAUGAUUGUGUGGAAUGCUUCAAUUCCGUUCAUCUUUAAGCCUCCUGCUAUGACAUACGUUCAAGCCCAGUUUGAUGUUAUAGUGAGAUUAACAAUAUCGAAAGAAAAAGCAGACCAGAAAAUAACAGAAACAAAGGUAUUUAGUGAUUUGCGUAAAAUCUGACUUACCAUGGGUUAAAAUCAACCAUCUUUUGAAGAACUCAACCCUAGUCUAGUAAAAUUACUUUUUUAAAAACAUUUAAUAAGUAUUAAUUUUAAAAGCAACAUCUUUUUCUUUGGAAAACCAGCUCUUCUUAUUAGCUCUUCUUGUUUUCCUCUUAACAGAGGCUGAUACAAAAAGCAGAAAAGCAAGAAAUGCUAGGAUUUGCAAUGUCAGACAAGAAAGAGAUCUCCCCAGAGGAUGUCAGCAAACAUGAAAUUAGGAGAUUUCAUGACAGUAAAGGAAGAGAGAUUGCAGUGUUUGAUGGAUUAGUGGACAAAGCAGAUCUUGAUGCUUUAAGACUCUUUUUGCUACAGUAUAACAGUGUUUACGCAUACCAACCAUACGAUGGUCAUGAUGAGGAACAUGAUAAUGUGUCUUGGAUUGCCAUGAUUAAGGUUUUCGUACUUUAUUUUGACAAAAUCAGGAUUAUUUUUCAUUUGAUGGGCUGUAGAGUAAUAGUAAUUUUCAUGUGGAUGUUCCAUGACUUAUGUAGUGUAUUUUUGGUUUGUUUGUUGUUGAUGUUGUUGUUUUGUUCUGCUCUGUUGUGUUUUUUUAUCGCAGUAGGGUGAAGGAAGGUUAAUCUGCUUUUUUAUCAACCUAUCUUACCUCAUUCCCAGGGUCUUCUUGUUUUCUAACAUGGCGGCAGUGGGAGGGAAGACCCGAUACCACAGGAAGGUGGUAAAUUCAAUGAUAUUAUUUGAAUUUUGAUCCAGCCAUGAAAGCAUGAUAUUUUAGAUGGUCCAACUUUGCUCACUCACUUCCUUGCUAAUUAUGGAGUUUGGACCUGACCUACCACAAUCCCAGUGAAUCAGUUUAUCUGUACAGCCUUCCCACAGCAUUUCAUAAUGGACUAGCCUGAGAAAACAGCAGCACUGGUUUCCCGGCAAAAUGAUGUCUGAAGGAUGAGUCCAGAUAUUCCAUGCUGACGACAUGUCACUACCCAGAUCUGGGUAGUGCUUCUGAUUGGUCAUACCGGAAGAGAAAUUCACUACAACCAAUCAGAAGCACAACCCAGAUCUGGGUAGUGACACACCAUCGGUAUGGCAUUGUUGCUGUCAUUUCUGAAAUGCAUUAAAUGGGAAAAGCAGUGAUAGCAUUGCAAAAUGUUAGUUUGUUUUCUUAGGCUAAUAAUAGACUGGUUCAUGUUCUGUCUACAGGUGAAAGAUUUUAUCAAAAGUCGCCUGUGGAGGCUUGUGAAGCAGUUGGCAACAUAUCUAAGUGGUCUGGAUGAGUGGUAUCCAUAUGACGUAUCAAUGAACAUCAUCAGAAAUUCACACUAUCCUAGGAUUCACGAAGAUUGUAUGCCAAAUGAGGUAGACGUACAUACAUACAUAACCUUUAUUAAUGUGUCUAAUCGUUGUAGUGCCUAUUGGCACUAAUUGGGGACACCUUUAAAACUAAAUUAUAUCAUUAAAAGAAACUAAUUAAAUACUAUAAAACACAUAAAAACGCCCGAAAUUAACACAAUUCAAGCUAAGUACUCUUUUACACUGUGAAACUAGGUUCUAAAUUUACUCUUUAACACUUUGAAGCUAAGUUCUAAAUUUACAAUAUAAAAACUAAAUGCAUAUACGAGCUCAGACGCUAAAAUGAAUAAGUGAUUAUGCGUACGUCCAGUUAACCUAAGGAUAUGCGGCAUUCACUCCCACAUCCUUUGAGAAAUGAUGUUACAUCCUUCUUGCGUAUCAUUGUCCUAAAAGUUGCCAAAGUUCCAAUAUUUCUCUAUGUAUAACUCUCCUUAAAAUGACUUAAGCUUGAAAACCAUUAGUUAAGUCUUAAUGCGCUUUCCAGAAGUCAGAACUGGCUCUUUUUUAGGAGUUUUGCUAAAAAAAAACCACAUCAAUCCAAUGCAUAUUAUUCCAGCAUUGACCAAUCUGGCUGGACAGUGAUUAAAAGUGAAAUUCUCAUUAUGACAGGAAUGGUAUGGCUGGCCUGUUCUGACAAAUGGAAAGCACUCUUAGAUAGCUUAGAGUCAAGCAGGUGUUAAGAGAAACCACAAACUGACCAAACAACAAGCCUGAAAAGCUGUUUAUAACUGAAAGAUCUUCCAAAGUAUUUUCAUUUGCAAGGUCACACCAUAGGUUCUUACACACUCACUGACAGAUAAUUGAAAAGUUAGGACUAUGUCUCCAUAUUAUAUACUUGAAAAAACACCAGCAGUGCUCAAUAAAUUCUUUGACUUACCAGUGCAGCAUGUAUUCAAGGGUGGUGCUUAUUUAAAGUAGAAUCUAAAGUUAUAGAAAGUGCUAUAUCGUUUUUAUAGGGUUGUCUCUUUAGGGGCUGUAAUAGCAUACACGGAAGGUAGUUUAACUUGUGUUUGCAAUCAUUUAUAAUUAUAAUAAUAUUGUUAUUAUCAUUAUCAUCAUCAUCAUCAUCAUCAUCCUUAUCCUUAUCGUUAUCAUUAUCAUCAUUAUUAUCGUUAUCAUCAUUAUAAAUUUAAAAAAAAAAACUUGAGCUUGCUAUCAAUUGAAAACCAGUAAUUUGUCAGCGGAUAACUUCAAAAAAGGACUCGAACUCGAUGGGUCGACACCUGAGCCUGCGAUACGGUCAGGUGAUACUGGUCAGCGGAUACUUGUUUUGAAAGCUGUCAAUUGAUCACAACAUUGAUGUGCAAUCAGUUUCCUCCUAGGCUUCCAAAGUAGUUAGAAAGUGUGAAAGUAGACAUUGGUUUUCCUGUGGUGCGGACGGACGGUCGGGCGGGCGGUCGGGCGGUCGGUGUACGGUCACGUGAUUACCAAAUUUUCUGGGAUGGGUAGAUUUACUAAGCUAUAGGGCUCCGCCCACGCGCGCUUUGCACGCACAUGGAGCUCCGCUAUCAUUACCGUUAUUGUUAUUGCUAUUAUGCUAACAGUAAUUAUUAACCUUUCAGCAUGAAUACACAUUUUUGAUGUACCUUACACCAGACUGGGAGGCAAACAACUAUGGAGAAACAGCAUUUUUUGAAGAAAUUUUAUCCAAAGACGGCCAGCCAUUCCCUCCAGGCAAACAGCAGUACGAGUGGAUUGCAUCUGUGCGCCCGCGGUAUGGCAGAAUUGUGAUAUUCCGCGGUAUCAUCCCUCAUUCUGCUAGGCCACCAAGCCCUGGCUUCAGUGGAGCGCGAUAUACUUUUGCAUGCAAGGUGAGUGAAGAUUAAGUAAUAUUUAAAGGGGCUCUAUCACGACUGUCAAAUCUGUUUUGUUAAUAAUGCCAAUUACGCGUCUUUGUUCGAUAUGGAACUUAAGGAAUUACUUGUGAAUGACAAAACCACAGGUUCGAGUCGAAUGUUCGCAAGCAUUAUGUCAGAUCAUAUCAAACGUUACAAUCAAUGAAAAUGAACUUUGAAAGACUGUUUACCAAGAUAGUUUUCAAAAACCAACAAUUGCAAUCCGUAUUAAUCUUCUUCAAGUUUAUCCAUCCGUGUCUUUUUUUGUAUUGCUGUGUUAUUUAUAACUUCUUUUAAUGUUUUGUUUCGGUCAAUUUAGUGGCAGUUGCCAACGUGACACAGCUUCUUUUUGCACGGGUCAAUUUUUCUUGAAACUUGUUUUGUGAUUUUAUUCUGCGAGCAGAGGUUUCUUUCCAGCAUGGCUUUUUAGCGUUUACUAAUUCGUUCGUGACUGACUUCCUAAACGCUGAACUGAGCCAUUCAAAAAAGAAACCUCUGCUCGGAUGGUAGUUGCUCGAGACAUUUAGUGUAACCCCCCGCCCCACCUCCCCCUUGCAGUUUUUCUUGCAAGGAGUGAACUAUUUGUUGCAGCGUUGUAAACGGAUGGAUUGUGAAAAGUAGGGCUUCAUUUUUCCUACUUUGCUCGUCACAAAAGUGAUUCAAGACGUGUUCUACCCAACAUGAAAUUAGGCCUUCAUUUUUUUGGCAUUAAGGCAAUCAAAUUCUGUAAAUUGAUAGCCGAAUUGGCGACUAGAAUUCUUCAUCACACCCUAGUUAAAAAAGAAGAUCAAUCUGAAGGAAAAAUGGGCGCCUAAAGCUCGUUGUUUGUGCCAGAAAAUCGUCACAUAAUGAUUUCUAGUGACAAUAAAAAUUAUCUUACGUCUCUGUCACGGUCAACGACUUCUCGGCUAAAUUUGUCAUUAAACAUGCAGAUCUCCCGUACUUAUCGGCUUGCAAUUUCCAAGGCCUUACGUGAAACUCUGGAAUAUCUGAGUAGCGACAAUGAAGAAAAUGUCGACGAUCCAGUUGUUUACGAGUUGAUGGAAGAAAUGUCAGAUGACGAAGAGAUCGGCCCCGGCCGACCCACUGAGUAUAUUGAGGAACAACUGGAAAAAUAUCGGCAGAAAAAGAAAGAAUUUUACGAAGAAACCAAGAAGAUGACCAUUGAGCAGCUCAUUAAUCCUCAAGGACAAGUUAAGGAUGAGCUUUAACAUCUGCCCGAGAGAAACCUAGGUUUCUUGUGUAAGGUGUUUGUUACGCUUACUGGUCGUUUCGACACAAAGUUGUUUGAUACAAGUCCUUUCGAUACAAGUAGAUUCAGUCUAGGUAUAAAUAGUUUUGUGUAGUUUGUUUAUAGACCGAGAGAUAUUCACGCCAUAUGUUUUUUUGUUCUUGCGCUAACUAUACUUUAUCGAAAUUGUUGUGCAGUUUCACUGCUUAAGUUUGUAUCGAAACGACUUUGUUUUGAACGACUUAGAGUCACAGCUCACAUUCAACAAAUCAUCAGAGCACGGAUCAGAGGGUUAACUCCAAAAUUAAGAGGACAAGAAAUGUCUUCUAGCCGUAAUCACUAUCCAAAACUGGGAGAACUGUUUGGUUUAUUGUCGUUAUUCACCUGUCGAUGAAACAAUGAUCUGUACUCUUACCCUGUGAAAUGUGAGCUGCAACAGAGACUUCCCACCCCUUCCCAGCUUGCAGCGCUGGCUCCUUUAAAGUCCAGUAUAAUCCAUGAAAAUGAUAUUCCCCACCCUCUCCCCCCUCAACAGUUUUAGACCAUUUUCGUAUACUUCUUUACCCUGAAAACAACAUUGCGGGUAAAGAUGGGGGAAGAGAUAGGAAUUAUUGGAUGAAUAAAGAUUCCUGGGAAACGGACCACCUACCCCCGCCUAAGCCAAUAUUGUGCCCUAAGUGAGAAGUAAGUGUCAGUGUGGGCUUAGGGGAGGGGUAGGUGGUCACUUUCUCCGAAACCUAAACGAUAAAUAGCUUUCCAAUCCUGGACAGUAAUAAUGCUUACAAACCGCAGAUAUUAACAUACAAUGACGCUAUACGUGCGGUGACUUAUUAAAUUAUUUUUAUCACACAAAUAAAAAGUGUAUUUAAAUCUAUUGGAUGUAAAAUUAAGUUAUAUAGAGAGUGUAAUGCCAAAGGGAAUUAAAUAAAAUAAAAAGUGUACAGUCGAAUCCCGGUAACUCGGACCCUCUAUAACUCGAACCUCCCGCUAACUCGAAGCAAUUUACAUUUCCCUUCAGAUCGUUUUCUAUGUAAUUUUACCCUCGAUAACUCGAACUGCCGAUAACUCGAACUUUUUUCUAUUUCCCUUGAAGGUUCGAAUUAUCGGGAGUCGACUGUAUUUAAAUCAAUUGGAUGUAAAUUUAAGUUAUAUAGAGAGUGUAAUGCCAAAGAUUGACCCGUCAAGUUCUAGUCCUGCAGCAUUCUAAUGGCUCAGCAGGUUGUUGUACGGGAUCACCGAAUUUCUACCAAGAUCAGUUUUCGUGGUGUUGAGUUUUGUGGUGGAGGAACCGAUUAAACAAGCAAGUAUAUGGUCUUGGUCUUGGUUUUAUUUCUCUUUAUCAGAGUAGUGGUCCACACGAGGCAACAUUUAACCAGUUUAAAAAAUACUAUUUACAACUUUUUAUGAUGCCCCAUUUUUAAAGACAC